GAAAACGCCAUCUUUCACAUACAUAUCAUAGCCUUAUAAUAUUGAACACGUGUUGUAUUUACGGAUCAAUGAAACAUAAAACAUAAAGUAUAGAUGUGUCCUUUAACAUAAAACUGGUCCUAGAUUUUCUUUUAUGUGGUGUAUUAAAAUAUAUUAGAAAUUAGAAUUCAGCGGAGAAAUUCACUAUCAAGGAAAAACAAUGGUGUUUCAGGAUAUAAAUAAAAUAAACAAGGUGAUUAUGUUGACGUUGGUCUGGGGAUCGAUGGGAUUUUAUUUAGAAAUACCUGGUCCAACAAUGAUUGACAUCAAAAUAAUAUUCAGUGCAACAUACGAGGAGGUUUCUAGAUCAGUCAGUGGGCGUGGUGCUGGCGGGUUCUUCGGCGCUUUGAUUGGUGGAAUUUUAGUUGACAAAUGUAGCAACUCCCUAGAUUUAUUAAUAGCCCUAUCAGAGACAAUAGCAGGAUUGGCUAUAAUACUUGUACCGUACACGUACACGAUUAACACACUCUGGUUCCAUUAUUUUGCCCUUGGCGUCUGUAGUGGUGUCAUCGGAAUUGCUGGUAUCAGGUCUGUGAUUAUGCUUUGGCCAGAAAAGACGGCGGUUUCUCUUCAGUUACUUCAUGUUGGGUAUGGAAUCGGUGCAUUACUGGUCCCCCUAGUUGUAAAUCCAUUUCUUGCUGUCGUACAAUUUCCAAAACAGAAAAGCCCCAACAAGAAUAAGGAAGAUUUCAAGGUUAUUAAAGGAACACGAGUCCAUAUUGCAUAUAUUGCUAUAGGAAUUGCAACAAUGUUACUGUCUCUGGCAUUUUACCGUUUUCAUUUUAACCGUUACUUUUGCAAAGGAUAUAAAAGAGUUAAAACUUCAUCAGAGUCUUCAUCCAAGAAAUUAACAUUCAAAGAAAUGAUUAAUCCUGCUACAUAUUCUAAUGGACAGUUUUGUUAUGGUGUUUAUAUCCUCACUGUUUUGUUUCUAUAUUAUUUUACGCUGGUAGGUGGUAUGGAGAUGUUUGGACAGUUUGUUCGAUCUUUUAGUGUCACAGUUUUUAGGUUUUCAAAGUCAGAAGCGUCCUAUCUAAAUAUGACCUUUUGGCUGGGACUUACGAUUGGAAGACUUGUGGGAUCAGUGCUUUCUAGUUAUAUGCCAAUAAGAAAGCUGUUUUUAUUUCAAGUUUUUAUGCACCUUAUGUCAUCUUCAAUGUUAAAUAUGUACGCGUCUCUACGUCCUUCACUGUUAUGGUAUUGUACAGCGUUUGAAGGAUUCCUGAUAUCACCUCUAUAUCCAAGCGGUAUUGCAUAUGGAAAUACUCUAAUCGAAAUAAGCGGAAUGUGCUUAAUGAUUAUACAGUUUGCUGGAAGUUUUGGAGACUUGAGUUUUAUAUGGAUCGGUGGAAAACUGUACGAUUUGUAUGGACCUAAAUCAGUUUUGUAUAUUCUACAGUUAGUAGGAAUAGUUUUAAUUUUCAGUGCCGGAUUCCUUAGAAUCGGGGAGCGUUGUAAAAAAGUAAAGGAAAUGGAAUUAGUCGUAAACACAUAAAACAUUUGAACAUCAUUUUAUUUUCAAUUUUAUCUAAGUAUGAAUAUUAUAUACCAAAUACAAAUAGUUCAAAAAUAUAUGUUAAACAAGUGAUUAUCCCCAAAUUAAAGCCAGCAAAUGCACUAAAUGAUAACUGUGUAGGAAAUAUGUAACGAACAGAAAGUAUCAAAGAUAUUCACUUUAAACUUUUAGUACUUGUUCUCUAUCACAUUUGAAAUGCAUUUGUAGGGGAGGGGGAGGGGUACCUGAAAGAUCUACUUAUUUCUUUCAUGUAGCGGAGUGUUAUUUAGCAUGUUUAGAGCUGAAUUUAAUCUGAUUGUGAGCAAACCUUUAACCUAAUUCAAUAUAUAUAUUAGUGAUGAGAAUCUAUAGGCCUAUUGUAUGCGACAGAUGGACACUAUAAACAAUUAUUGAUCUGGUUGUCUACCUUACAAGUAAAACUUUCAUAUGAUGUGUAUUAUCAAAUUACAUGUAAUGUUUUAUAACGUGGGAAUUGUCAUGUACUUAAAUGAUUUUAGAAACACGCCCGGCAAACUGUCGCUCCACUUCAAAAUUGUGGUGUACGGAAAAACGAGCGAACGACAUUUCCGAGACCCAGCGGAAGGCCGAUUUAAAUCGCUAAUUGUAAGUAAUGUUUAUGUUUUUGUCUUGUAAUUCAUUUAAGUUGUAUUUUUUUUUUCGAAAAAAAAACACGAAAUAUGGGAUUGUUCAAGGCUUCCAAUGAUCUUAGCUGUUACAAAAAGAAAAUUAAAUUAAACCUGCCUGACGAAAUGAACGACGAUUUGUUGAAUAUCGAACUUUCAAAAAUGGAAACGCUCUACACUUCGGAUUUCUUGAAACAGUGUUUUAGACAAAUAUCAACACGUAACAAGAACAAGUCUUUUGUGCAAAAUAAACUUCUCCUGCUUGAUUUCUUAAAUUCUUAUAUGGAUUUCUUUCGGAAAGUAGUGGAGCCAAAGGGCAAGAGAUGGAGCGAAAGGUCGGUUGUUGCAUGAGCGCAAGGCGACAUUUAGUUGGCUUAAAGAGCGUUGUUUAUUAUUUUCUAAAAAAAAUCUUUCAAAGUUAAACUAGGCGUACUAUAAUAUGAAGCCCGAGAAAUAUGAUAAUAUAAUAAUUUACUUAUACUAUAACUAGGUCUAUUAAUUAUUGAUAAUUGUAGUUCGUACACCGACUGCUGCCUUUUUAUUUCGUUUGUUUUGUUCAUAGAUACUCUGUGAAUAAACAAACAGAAUUUUACAGAUACUUCUUUUAUCCGAAAACAAGAUUUGUACUGAAAAUAUGCAUUGCUUGAUGAUAAAAGUAAAAUGUUCUAUUUACACUUUGAAGGGAUAAUAAUGAACUAAACAACAAUGCAAAACAAGAGAGAAUAAGUAUCUUGAAACAUAACUGAAACACCAGUUAUAUCCUUUAGAACGACUGACACUUUGUGAACCAUUUUCAUAGAGAUUCCCCACUUUACAAAAGUCUUUCAAUUUUAUAAAAACGUGGCUUAUUUGUGUUAAACCUGAACGUGUACGUUAGAGCAAAUGAUUGCAGAAAGUCAUAGUAAAAUGAACUCUUCUUAGUUGAAUGGUAGUAGUGAUCCAUUUAAUGUGUCCCGUGUAUUUCAUAAUUUUGUCUCUGUUCUGCAGUUUGAAUAUCUAACUUUUCGAGAAACAUAACAUUUUGGCAAGAACAAUCGCCUUACACGCACCUCCUCGGAAAAAUUUGUUCGCGGUAGAACCGAAAAUAUUCGACUUUGUCGAAUUUACACGGACACGUGUUUUUAAAUUUACAUAGCCAUGUCAAAAAUCAUGAUAUUAUGCCACGCAUAUGAUUCAAUAUUGAGACCACAUCCGAGUUUGGAACAUAAAUAUGGAAUCUGCGGCAGCCAUAGGUGACACCCUGCCGAUAAUAUUUAUUACUCAAAGGUUAUAAGGAUAUCACGCUUUUUAGUUGUUUUAAAAGGCACUCAACACUUGAUCAUGUCUAUUUUACAUUCCAUAGCUUUAUAUAAAAUUUUAGAGACUAUACUCUCCUCCUCAUACGCCAGAUUAAUAUCGCCUUGCGCUCAACAUCAAACCUUUGGCUCCAUCUCUUGCCCUUGGGCUCCACUGCUUUCAAAAAGUAUCGAUAUACAGAUUUUAGAAAUCCACCAGAAGUCUAUAUGUUGCACGAAGGACAAGUUCUUAUUACGGGUUGAUAUUUUUCUAAUACACUUUUAAAAAAUCCGAAAGGUAGAGAGAGCAUUUAAUGCCUUUGAAGUUCAGUAUUCUACAAAUUCACUUUGUCAGGGAAAAAAGAUUCUACCGGGGUAUAUAUAAUUUUCUUUUUGUAACAGCUUAGAUCAUUAGAAGCCUACGGAACUACAUUUUUCGUUUUUCUAAAAAAUAUAACUUAAAUGAACUAGAAGUCAAAAACAUAAACAACACUUACAAUUAGCGGUUUACUCUAUUACGGAAAUGCAGUUCGCUGUUUUUCCGUACAUCGGAGCGACAGAAAGAUUUGUAACGACUUGCCUUUAAUACAUGUAGACAUAACGAUGUUAUCUACAUAGAUGUAGGUCACGGUCCACGGUGUAUAACGUGUAGUUUUAUUCGGCUUUAUUAUGUACAUUAAUAGUUAUGUGUUUUUCUUUGUAAGAGGAAAUAAUGGAUAAAAAUAAGAAGAGAAUGUUGUCAGCUACUUAAAAGGAUGAGAUACUGGUGAUAAAGCAUUGGGAGAAACUUUUCAAAAUGGUGUCUGAGUCGGUGUGUAAAGUGUUUAUGUUAUUUCUCGUGUGGGUAUCUAUGGGACUGUACCAAGAAAUCCCUGGACCUACAUUGGUUGACAUCAAACUUAUUUUCAAUGCUACGUAUGAAGAGGUAUCUCGUUCUGUAAGUGGGCGUGGCGCUGGUGGAUUUUGUGGUGCUUUCAUUGGUGGAUUUCUUGUAGAGAGAUUUGGCCACUCCUUAGACCUAUUAAUAGCCGUAUCCGAGACGCUUGCUGCGUUGGUUGUAAUGUUUAUUCCAUAUUCACACAACGUGAAUACCAUAUGGUUCCAUUAUUUCUGUAUGGGGAUAUGUGGUGUUACUAUAAAUAUUGCUGGUGUCCGAUCCGUUAUUAAUUUGUUUCCAGAAAAGACUGCUGUGUGUCUUCAGUUACUGCACGUGGGGUAUGGUGUUGGUGCUCUUUUGGUUCCAGUUUUAGUUAAUCCAUUUUUAGCUGUUAUAAAAACACCAGCAUUAAAAUCCGGGAACCAUGCCGAUUUGGAAUCGAUUCAAGUGAUAAGGGAAACCCAUGUUCAUAGUGCAUUUGUAGGAAUUGGGUUAGGGACACUUUUGUUAUCAACUGUAUUCUAUCGCUAUCAGUGCAAUAAAGAUAGAAGUACCAUCUAUAAACAAGUACUGACAGAUAACGAAGAAACUGGAAAUAUAAACGUUUCCACUGACAAAAUAAAACAUAUUGAUCGUAACUCAGAUGAAAAACUAAGUUACAAAAUAUGUAUUUUAAUUGUACUGUUUGUUUAUUACGUUAUAAUGGUUGGAGGCGAGGAAGUAUUCGGUCAGUUCGUUAGGACAUUUUCUUUAGACGUAUUCAAUUUUACAAAAACUCAAGCUUCUUUUUUAAACAUGACUUUUUGGCUUGGAUUGACAUUAGGUCGGUUAUUUGGGUCAUUAAUGGCAAAUUACAUUCAUAUAAGAAGAUUAUUUAUGAUUCAAGUUGUUUUCCAUGCAUUUUCAACCACACUUUUAUAUUUAUAUGCAUCAAGUAGUUCAUCAAUGUUAUGGUUUAGUACAGUAACUGAAGGAUUUUUGAUAUCACCAUUAUAUCCAAGUGGCAUAGCUUAUGGUAACACUCUUCUAGAUCUAAGUGGUUUUUGUUUAAUGGUUAUUCAGUUAGCUAGUAGUUUAGGUGAUUUAAGCUUUAUUUGGUUGGCUGGAAAGAUGUACGAUUCUUAUGGUCCAACAUCUCUUUUGUUUGGUCUACAAAUUAUAGGAAUUUCUUUGGUAUUUUGUAUUUUAGUAUUUAAAGUUUCUGAACGCUUUAAGAAAAAGGAAGUAAUCCAUAUUUCUGUAAAAAGUUGAUAUUUAUAUGUAGUUUUUCAAUCUGAUAUUUUUAUGUGUGUUUCAUUUCUUAUAUAAAAUGUUUAAUCUAUUUAA